AUGAGAAUAGGUGAGGUGCGUGGUGUGAGAAUAGGUGAGGUUCGUGGUGUGAGAAUAGGUGAGGUGCGUGGUGUGAGAAUAGGUGAGGUGCGUGGUGUGAGAAUAGGUGAGGUGCGUGGUGUGAGAAUAGGUGAGGUGCGUGGUGUGAGAAUAUAUGAGGUGCGUGGUGUGAGAAUAGGUGAGGUGCAUGGUGUGAGAAUAGGUGAGGUGCGUGGUGUGAGAAUAUAUGAGGUGCGUGGUCUGAGAAUAGGUGAGGUGCGUGGUGUGAGAAUAGGUGAGGUGCGUGGUGUGAGAAUAGGUGAGGCGUGGGCGGCCGCAUAUGGGCUUACCGCAAACUCCUCCCACCCGCCCGCCGAGGUGCACCUCUCCGCCCCCCUGCCCCCCGCGCCCCACCUGCACGACUGUGCUGCGCGCUCUGCCUUCCGCCGCGCCAUGGAGCAGCGCGGGCGCAGGGGGCAGGCGCCACGAUGGGCGGACGCAGCGGCGCAGCAGUGUGAAGGCGUCCCGCAGCCCCCGUGGGUGCGCGGGUCGGACGCGGGCAAUCUGGGCGGCACGCGGGCGGCGCAGAGGGAUCUGUGGGAGCACCACCCCGCCCAGCACCCCGCCUGCCGAGGUGCGGCGCACUCAUGGGUGGUAGGCACGAGGAAUGGCACGAGGGAUGGCACGAGGGAUGGCACGAGGGAUGGCACGAGGGAUGGCACGAGGGAUGGCACGAGGGAUGGCACGAGGGAUGGCACGAGGGAUGGCACGAGGGAUGGCACGAGGGAUGGCACGAGGGAUGGCACGAGGGAUGGCACGAGGGAUGGCACGAGGGAUGGCACGAGGGAUGGCACGAGGGAUGGCACGAGGGAUGGCACGAGGGAUGGCACGAGGGAUGGCACGAGGGAUGGCACGAGGGAUGGCACGAGGGAUGGCACGAGGGAUGGCACGAGGGAUGGCACGAGGGAUGGCACGAGGGAUGGCACGAGGGAUGGCACGAGGGAUGGCACGAGGGAUGGCACGAGGGAUGGCACGAGGGAUGGCACGAGGGAUGGCACGAGGGAUGGCACGAGGGAUGGCACGAGGGAUGGCAUAAAAAAGGCACGAUGGAUGGCACGAGGGAUGGCACGAGGGAUGGCACGAGGGAUGGCACGAGGGAUGGCACGAGGGAUGGCACGAGGGAUGGCACGAGGGAUGGCACGAGGGAUGGCACGAGGGAUGGCACGAGGGGUGGCGGAUGGCACGAGGGAUGGCACGAGGGAUGGCACGAGGGAUGGCACGAGGGAUGGCACGAGGGAUGGCAUGAGGGAUGGCACGAGGGAUGGCACGAGGGAUGGCACGAGGGAUGGCAUGAGGGAUGGCAUGAGGGAUGGCAUGAGGGAUGGCAUGAGGGAUGGCAUGAGGGAUGGCAUGAGGGAUGGCAUGAGGGAUGGCAUGAGGGAUGGCAUGAGGGAUGGCAUGAGGGAUGGCAUGAGGGAUGGCGAGGUGUGUGGCGUGUGGCAAGAGGGAUGGCAAGAAGGCUCGAAUGCAUGCAAGCUGUCUGGAUGCGUGUGUGUGGCACCGCACAGCGCAUGGGGCUCGUGGCACUGCUACUUCCACCGCCUCACCUCGCCCGCCUGCCAGGCCGCUGCCCACGCCGCCGUCUCACUCUCCCACCCUGUUAUGGAGGGGGGACGCCUGCAAGGGGGACGGCUGGGAAGCACGGACGUGCAUGCAGGGGGGGCGGAGGGGUCAGAAGGCGGGGGGGGCGGGAUGGGGGCGUGCAGGCCAGUGGCGGAGGUGGGCAGUGCAGUGGCGUCAGAGGCGCAUGUGGUGUGCGCCACCACCCAUGUGCGGGCGAGUGCUGCGCUGGGAAUGACAACCCGCACUGCACUCGUCAAGCUGCUCGCCACUGUUGACCUUACCCUUGUUUCUCUGUUUCCCCCAACGCCUCCCCCUGUGUCUCUCUCCUACCGUCUCAUCCUCAUCUACCUCCCAUCUCCUGCUGUGUUCCCACAUCGCUGCUGGGCUGCUGCCACAUGCCAUGCGUCCUUGCCCUGUCCCUCCACUUUUGCACCUCCCUCAUCCUCCUGCUCGUCCCCUCCCCCAAUCCCCCCACAAGCAGUGAGGUUGGGCUAUCUCUCCUCUUUCCAUUGUAGCCACCGCCUUAUAUCCCUCUCGUCCCUCCACCCCCCCUGCCAUCCCCCCCUCCUCUUCGUGCAGGUGCAGUGGUGGAGGGCGCAGGCGCUGCGCUUCAUGCUGCGCUGGCCCUCGCCCUACCUCUGCCACCUGCUCAACCGUCACCGCCACCGCGCCUACGGCAUGCAAGUGGCGCGCGGCAUGGCCACGCACCACGCCGAGGCCCAGGGCAUCCUCUCCUCGCUGCUGCUGCCACCCCUGGCCGCCCGCCACCCCAUUGCAGCGCGCGCCCUGCAGCAGGAGGGGCGGGAGCUGGCGGCGCUCAACUUCUCGACUGCGCACUCGGUGGAGGCGCAGGUGUGGCCGGGGCUGGGCUUCCACGGGUGUGUGGCGCGCGGGCGCGGCAAUGUGAUGGCGACGCCGGGCAACCCCCUGUCAGACUACUUUGGGGCGGGGCGCGAGGCGUAUGUGCUGCGCCCCAUCGUUGCCAUGGACACAGGACGGAGGCGAGGGGUGGAGAGGCCGCCAAUGCAGCAUCUCAAAGAGGAUGAGCAGGAUAAGGAGGAAGGGGAGGAUGAGGAGGUGGGGAGGAGUGGGCAGGAGGGGGAGUUGGAGGAGCGGGGGAGGAGGGAGCAGAUGGCGGUGGUGGCGAGUGUGUUCCACGCGUACAGCCUCAGGCAGCACGACCCUGACCUCCACCACGUGUGGCUCACCGCCUCUCCCUCGCAGGCCACGCAGACACAAUUGGCAGCCUUCGACGACUGGACCUUCCUUAACUCCCGGCACGACAGCUACGGCCAAUCAGCGGCUGCCAGCAUGGCAGGUGUGGUGGGGUCACAGCUGGCAAGUGUGCUGAUCGCAGCGGAGUCAGACUACUUUGUGGGGUCACUGGCCUCGCGGCACACUCGCCUCAUCCUCGCCUUGAGGGCCACCAAUGACCGGCUUGCUGCACCUGCGGUUCUGCUGAAAUAA